AAAUCGUGAGUGCCGUAGAUAAUAAUAAGGUAUACGUAGACAGUGUUUACUAUAACAUGUCACUGGCCGGAGACUUUGUAAUGACAGAAUUGAUAUCCGGAUUUACGAGUUCAUCUUUUGCCACUGUGACCUCGUCUUAUCCUGUUCUUGUUGCCUUAAUUAGUGAUAAAGAUGAAAAUUUCGAUAAUGUAAUGAGUGAUGUAACUUUGACGAUUGUUCCGCCAAUAAGCAAUUACGGUAACAGUUUUGUCAUUCUUACGCCGACCAAGUCACUUCCGUAUGAACAUCACGUGGUGGUGAUCUCCUCCCUGGGGUUUUCGGAUGACAUCCGAUUGGACGGAAGCAGUAUCAGUCAGUCCUGGAUACCAGUGACGGACACAGCCAAGGAUGUCCACCACGAGUUCGUGUCAUCCAUUGUGAUUCCCGAAGGAGUACAUGUUCUCACAUCCGUCAACGACACUCAUGAGUUUGGAGGGUAUUUGUACGGAACUACGGCUGGGCAGUCUUACGGUACAGCUCUCGCUGCAUUUUCGGAACAGACAUGGGAUGUACAAGAUCCAUGUUUCAACUCUAAAUUUGUGAAGAUUGUCGAUGACAAAUUGCCAUUUCCUGUUGAGCUGAGCAAGCAAACGACACCCAACUUCUUCCGCUGUUACCAGCUAUGUUCUUUAAGCACCACGUGUGGAGUAGUUGCAGUUUCCCACCAAUCGUCGACUGCCGUCGAAUGUCGUUUUUAUGAAUCAGAAACCAAGUGCGGGCCUUUUCAGGACGCUGCCGGAUUCAAACUUUACGCCAGACAAAAGUAACCAAAAUCAAUUCGAAUAUACAUCGUUAGACGAUCCCUUAAGACUUUUGGAAAUUUGAAAUUAAAGGUAUAAUAGUAAACCUAAGUAAUGACAAAUCCCCUGGUAUAAGCAGUAUAUCAAAUGAGUGUGGUUGUGUACCGGAAUCGUGGACUGUUGGAGUCGUGAAACCGAUCAACAAAAAGAAGCGCGACCCGAAAAAUCUCGAUAAUAAUUAUUUGAAAAAAUAUUUAACUAUGCUAAGCAAAAUGAUACAAUAAAUAUAUGUAUAUUCAGAACCAGUAAUAUAUUUCUUCCAGUAGAGACAGGGCGAUGGACUGGAACGUCUCGUGAAAAUAGAAUUUGUCCAUUAUGAUUAAUGUAACCCAUCUAUUCAUAUGAAAGGAUUAUUAUCAUUAUGCAAUAAGAGUAUUAUCAAAUUUAUCUAUGUUCAUCCAAUUACCAGAAAGACAUUUGAAAAAUAAUAUGUGAAUUUCAAACAUUAAUUUGUAAAAUAUAAAUAUUGUAAAAUUAUUGAAAUGAUAUGUUCCAAAACAUACAUGAUAUCAUAAGUACUAUUGUAUGGUUAAAUAUAUCACCCUGUAUUGAACGAACGUUUAAAUGCAGAUUAUACUACAUGUACAAACUUAGUCUAAAUGUAUGUGUUUCACUGUUCUGUACAAAAUUAUAUACAUGUAUUGUAUUAUGCUGUUGUAUUUUUGUUGACCUCUUGUCGCACAUAAUAGUGUGCCUGAGUGCUAAUAAAAAUCUUGAAAAAUCA